AUGGUGGCUCCGCGGGGCUUUGGUAACUGUCGCGGCAAUAAUUCCCGAGGACCGUUACAGACCUUUGGGCCCGGGGCCGUGGGGCUGCCCGGGUCGGGAGGGCCCUGCGCCCGGGCACUCGCCCGGGACUCAGGCGCCCGCCCGCGGCGCAGACCGGAUACGGGGCGGCGGAGCCGCCGCGGCAAGGCCCGCGCGCUGACCUCCGAAACCCGCGGAGGUCGGGCCGGCGCGCCCCCUCCGGAGGGAGCUCGGCUCCGGGACGCGUCCCGAGCGGCCGCGACCGGAGCCCGGCGGCGCCAGGGGCGGCGGCCCGCCCGGGGCGGUGGCGCGGGGUCGGGAGUCAGAAGCCGCGCCGGAGCCCGAAGAAGGUGCGACCCCCGACGGCCCCUGCGUCGUGGGCCGCACGCGCCUCUCGCAUGCCUGGCCGACCCGCGCGGUCGCUCCACCGCCAGCCCCGAGCCCGGGUCACCGCCAGAGGCCGGGACCGCGCAGGAGCCGCCGGCAGGGAAGGCGGCCGCAGGGCGGUUGGGCGUGGCCUCCCGGAGGGGGCGUGCCCCGGGGGCGGGGAGACUCACGCAACCAGCCGUUCGGGCUGCUGAUUGGCUAAGGCGCNGGGCGGGCAUGCCGGGCGGCGGCGCGGGGCCCGCGGCGGCGGCGCUGCGCGAGCAGGAGCGGGUGUACGAGUGGUUCGGGAUGGUGCUGGGCUCGGCGCAGCGCCUGGAGUUCAUGUGCGGGCUGCUGGACCUGUGCAACCCGCUGGAGCUGCGCUUCCUCGGCUCGUGCCUGGAGGACCUGGCGCGCAAGGACUACCACUACCUGCGCGACUCGGAGGCCAAGGCCAACGGCCUCUCGGACCCGGGCCCGCUGGCCGACUUCCGAGAGCCCGCCGUGCGCUCGCGCCUCAUCGUCUACCUGGCGCUGCUGGGCUCGGAGAACCGCGAGGCCGCCGGCCGCCUGCACCGCCUCCUGCCCCAGGUGGACGCGGUGCUCCGGAGCCUGCGCGCGGCCCGGGGCGAGGGCUCCCGGGGCGCCGCGGAGGACGAGUGCGGCGAGGAGGACGGCGGCGGCGAGGAGGACGACGCCGAGAAGGACGGCUCCCGCCCGGAAGGCGGCGGCGCCGCGCCCCGGCCGGGCGGCGGGCUGGGAAUCAGGGCCCAGGAGGAACUGCUGCUGCUCUUCACCAUGGCCUCGCUGCACCCGGCCUUCUCCUUCCACCAGCGCGUCACCCUGAGGGAGCACCUGGAGAGGCUCCGCGCCGCGCUCCGCGGGGGCCCCGAGGACGUAGAGGCGGCGCCGGGCCACUUGGCCGGCGCCCGGGCCCAGAAUGACUCGUCUCAUGGUGAUUACAUGCAAAGUCCCGAGGCUGCUUUAAUAGAACAAGCCCCAAUACCUCAUGAUGGACUUACUGCGGCACCUCACAGAACCCAGCGGGAAGCUGUACACAUUGAGAAGAUAAUGUUGAAAGGAGUCCAGAGAAAAAGGGCUGACAAAUAUUGGGAGUACACCUUCAAAGUAAAUUGGUCUGAUCUUUCAGUCACAACAGUAACAAAAACCCACCAAGAACUACAGGAAUUUCUACUGAAGCUUCCCAAGGAGUUGUCCUCGGAGACUUUUGAUAAGACCAUCCUCCGAGCCCUGAAUCAGGGCUCGCUGAAGAGGGAGGAGCGGCGGCACCCUGACCUGGAGCCCGUGCUGAGGCAGCUAUUUUCAACUUCAUCACAAGCUUUUCUACAGAGUCAGAAAGUACACAGCUUUUUUCAGUCCUUAUCAUCUGACCCUCUACACAGCCUCAAUAACUUACAAUCCUCUCUGAAGACCUGUAAGAUAUUAGAACACUUGAAAGAAGACAGCUCGGAAGCGUCAAGUCAAGAAGAAGAUGUGUUACAGCACACCGUAAUCCACAAGAAACAUGCCGGCAAAAGCCCCCUUGGGAACACUGUCGGUGCGGGUUGUUCCCCGGGGGACCGGCUCCCUGUGCAGUAUGCUGAGCAGAAUGGAGUUGUGGACUGGAGGAAGCCAGCCUAUGCCACCGGUCAGCGCCAGGAGCAGUGUGUGGCCUUAGUUGACCAGCAUUCAACUGAAAAGCGAAGUUUAUCUUCAAUCAGUAAGAAGAAAGGAAAACCACAAAUAGAAAAGGAGAAAAUUAAGAAAACUGACAAUAGAUUGAAUAGUAGAAUAAAUGGUAUUCGAAUCUCUGCUCUUCCGCACACCCACGGUGGUUCUGUGAAAGAUGUGAGUUUGGACAUUGGAUCUGGACAUGACACAUAUGGAGAGACGUCUUCAGAGAGUUACAGCUCUCCUUCUAGCCCCCGACAUGAUGGGAGAGAGAGCUUUGAAAGUGAAGAAGAAAAAGACAGAGACACAGACAGCAAUUCCGAGGACUCUGGAAACCCCUCGACGACCAGGUUUACAAGUUAUGGUUCUGUCGGCCAGACGGUCACGGUCAAGCCACCUGUUCAAAUUGCUUCCUUAGGAAACGACAGCGCAAACCUUUUGGAAGAUCCCUUAAGUUCAGCCAAGUAUCAGCAUAUUUCUUUCAUGCCAACUCUACACUGUGUCAUGCACAACGGUGCCCAGAAGUCGGAGGUCGUGCUGCCUCCGCCCAAGUCUGCAGAUGGCAAGACAAUCGGGAUGCUGGUCCCCGGCCCCGUGGCGCUCUCCGCCCUCCGGGAGCCCGCGGACCCCGCACCCGUGGGCGCGCUCGGGUCGGCGGCAUCUGCCGGGGACUCGGAGAAGCCGCUGGAGCUGCUGGCGGCCCCGCUGCCGCUGCCCACCGGCUUCCUCCCUCACGGCGGUGGCCCCGCGCUGCAUCUCACCAUCCAGAGGCUGAAGCUGCCGCCGGGCCCCCCUGAGAGCUGCGCCCUGAACCUGCCACUCGGCGGCUACUACUACCCGGGGCCGGCGCCCGGGCCCCUGUACCGCGUCUCGCCCUUCUUCAGCCUGCCCUCCCUCUGCAACGGCAGCUACCUCAGCCAGGCGCCCCAGGGCAGCGGCGGCCAGCUCCCCUUCUUCCUGCCUCAGGCCCCGUACGCCAGCGGGCUGGUGCCCGACCCGGUGCUGGGCGGCCAGGCCGGCUACGGCGUGCAGCCGGUGGCGGGCUUCGGCCGGUUCUACCCCGUGUACCCGCACAGCGUGGUGGCCGGCUCGGGCGGCGCGGCGCCCAAGAAGAGCGGGAGCGCGUCAUGCUACAACUGUGGCGUGAGCGGACAUUAUGCGCAGGAGUGCAAGCAGUCGUCCAUGGAGGCCAGCCCACAAGGCACUUACAGACUGAGAUACGCACCUCCCCUCCCCCCUUCUAAUGAUACGUUGGAUUCUGCAGACUGAAACAAGUAAAGCUUGCCUACUUAAUACACUGAAGUGUGGGGAGUCAUGGUUGGGGUGUGGAGGGAAGGGAAAGGAAAGGUAUUUUGUUUGUGUUUGUUUGUCUAUACAUUUCCUAGAUUUCUAUGCAGUUGAGAUUUCUCAUUUCUCUUGUACGGAUGUCCAAACCAAAACAAGAAUGCAUUGCUUUUGAGCCUCUGGUCUCCUGGUUCAACAACAGGCUUAUCUGUAUGAUAUGUAUAAUUUAAACCUUCAAACAAACUAUCAAAAGGAAAAUCUUGAUGUGUGCUUUUUUUUUUUACACUGAAUACUUGCUGUGUGCAAUGUUUACUGAAUCUUUGAAACUGUGUAUUUGACCUUUUUUCAUAACACUGGUGAUGGUCAUAUGGUUUUGGGGAAAAAAAAACAAAAAACUUUGCUUCUUCCCCAGCUUAUCUCACUUUGGCCCUAAUCUCCACAUUUUCAUCCCACCUCCGCUUGUGACAGUGGCUGCCGGAGCGGCUGGCACUGCACCAUCCACACUCUAAACCGCACUGCGUAGUAUCAUUCGACGGUAAAAUGUUUCACCUUCACCGUAAGGGAGAAUCCGAUUCCCCAAGCAGUGUGUAUAUAUGUAAAAAACACCUCCACGUACACACACCAACGCAGCGCUUGUCCAAAUAAAAAUUGGAGUGGAAGAGAGAGGAAGAGCUAAAACCAUAUGAAACAGAAAACGUGACACACGAAGUGGGCAAAUAGCUUUUUCUUUAAAAACAAACUUUUUUACUCAUACGUUUCUAGCCUGUUGCUUCAGAGAGACAUAAAGUGAACAAACUCGUGUGAGUGUGGUUCUCCUGUGUGUUUGUGUUUGUAACGAAGGCCAACAGCCAGUUUUACAUGUAGUCUACCACAGUCUACCACUCUGUCGUGUAAAAGACACUUCAGUCAAGAUUUCUUUUCCUUACACCAACUGUCACAGUGUUCUGUUGUGUUUUAAAUGUACACAGUUUAUUGCAAUCUGAACAGCAGCUCUGCGUUUCUACAAAAGUCAGGUAUUUGUUCCCUAUCCUGUGUCUCGUAGCAAAGUCACUUUGAUAACAGUUUACCACUAUGCUUGAUUAUAAUGUGAAAGAUUGAAUUCUGAGUGUGUUAAGAUGGUGUUAAUCAUGUCAGUGUCCCGUCACUAAGUUUAAUGCUGCUGUUUAAAAUGACUGUUUGUUUGUUUUUAAAGCCGAUCUAUGUACUAAAUUGCUUCCAGGUAAUUUUUGAUUUCCUAAAGUGCACUGAGGUUAUCUGGAAGACGGGGUGUAGGUUUGGACUGCUGCCAUCCAUGGCACCGAGCAGCCCCCGGCGCUGAGCCGCAGGUGUGAGGGCUGGGGGUUGGGUGUGCUGUGCCCCAGCCUCAGCACAGAGCAGAGACGGCGGGUAUGUCUGUGGGGUCACGUUGGUGUGCAGCAGAGAAACUUAAAUAUCUGGCCUUGGUUCAGAAACCUAACAGAUUGCCAGACAAAAGGAAACACUUGAAGUAAGAAGCUUCCUGUAAAGCUUCAUAGGUAGAGUUUAUAUUUAUAGCACCAAUGUACAUUUUGAAACCUUCUUUCAGGGGUGGGAGUAAAAGGGGAAGAAAGGGGGGGUGAAGGGGUAGACGAAAGCUUUAAUUUAAAAAGAAAGUUCAAUGAAAGGAAAUUAUUUUGAUUAUAUAUAUUUUAUUUGGUAUUUUUGGACCAUAAAUUAAUUGUUAAGCUGCAGUCAAGUUGUGAAAGUGAGAGUUUUGAUAAGCCCUAUAUGGACCGCAUUGUGAAUCACUUGCCAGUUGUACUUUACGGAGCUUAUUUUAUGAUUUAAAAGACUGUACUGUAUAUAGGAGGUAUGUUACCUUCUCCUUAUUUGUAUGUUUACCAUAUACUUUGAUAUUUGAAAUGUUAUGUACUGGAAAGGCCACUUAUAUUUCUAGAAAAGAUUGGAUUUUAUGCAACCUUUUUUCCUUGAAUUAACAGCAAUAAAAAAAAUGAAAAAUGGC